GCUGAGUGAGCUGCUGCCGCCGCCGCCGCCGCCGCCGCCGGGGGAGGGGCGGCCGCCGCCCGCCUGCGCUCAGAGACUCACGCAGCCCCAGUCCCGCCAGUCCGCCAACACUGUAGUGCCGGCCCCCCCCUUCCCUGGCCCUUCCCCCUCCCCGCCUUUGGCUCGCUCCGCCUUUCUGCCCCCCACCCCCACCUCACGGGUUCGGGCCAUUCCCGGCCAGGAAACGCCGUGGCGCCGCUUUGGGCCUAACUCGAGUCCUGCUGCCUCCCGGGAGUGCCGUGCGCCGCAGCCCGGGCCCAGGCCUGGGAUAAGGUCUUCAGAGCUACUGGCAGAUAAUUUUGGGGGACUUCAUAUUCAGAGGUCUAUAAAAAGAGUUCCUCAUGUCCAUAACAUGUUGGUUAAGGCUCUGCAGCUCACCCCCACUCUCAGAGUGGCCAGUCUCCAAUAAUUGGACCCCGUGAUUUCUGCUCUGCUGUGUUGGACGUCAUGAGCAUUGCAAUCCCUCUGGGAGUCACCACACCAGAUACAUCCUACUCAGAUAUGGCUGCUGGAUCAGAAAAGGAAGUGGAAGCCCCCUACCUUUCAAGACGAAGUGGCACUACACCAGGAUGUGAAAGUCCAGCGAAAGAGACCCAAGGGGCCUAGGGGGCAGCACACCCCCAGAAGCCAAGUCUAUUCCAGGCAGUACCAGGGAUUAGGGUCUGGGCUGGAAAAAUCCUGGUGUUUUGAAUAUGUUCAGGUCCAGUUCAGACUCUUGAUCCCACAGCCACUUCUUGAGUGAGACUUGCACAUGAAGUGCAUAUGUUCAUAUUUACCCAGUUUGGAGAUGGGUAAGAUACAACCAACAUAGCUCCAUCUCCAUGGCCAUCUUUUAUUCCAUAUCACUUUCCUUUUUCCCGUCCAAAAAAAAAAAAUCCAUUUCUAAUAAACAGCUGUCAUGUUUCACCCCAUGUGUUCAGUGAUUUCUCUUAUAUAAAAUACGUACAGCUCUUUGGAAUAUUUGUUCAUCUAGUAAAUUAACAAUAUUGUGUAGUUACUACUUUCUCUUAACUGUCCAUCAUAGAAACUAAAUUCUACCUUCAUUUUAUUAAUGCUUGUUUGCCUUUGGUUUCGUUUAGGAAACCCCACCUGUUUCCUAAUUCUCAGAGCUGAUUGCCUCUCAGUGAGCCAUGUUCAGAUCAUCUUUUUCUCAAGAAUACUGACCUGCAUUCUUGAUGUAUCCCCCGCCCAGUUCCCAUCUUGCAGACACUCUUAAGUAAUAAAAUGCAUGCAGUUCACUAACAGAGAAUACUUUCCUAUGUCUAAAGUUCUUCUUCACCCAGAAAUUACCUUUGCUGUUAUUAAUAAGAUCCCUUCUCACAGUUUUGGAGCAUAUAACUAGGGUAUCCUGUCUUGGUAGUGAAUGGAAGAGGGCCUGGUCCCUGGGGCAGUGCAGAAGGCACUUUCAUCAUCUCACUCACUGCAAAUGUCAUGUGAGGUUUCAUGGAAGUAUUAAGAGAUCCAAUUAAGAAGAAUAGUUCUGAGUCUAAACCAGCCCAGAGUGGCUUCUCUAGGGGAAACUCCCUGCUCAGCUGCCCUGAAUCUGUGGAGGCUAGUCCAGCAGUUAAUGAGAAGAGCGUGUAUUCCACUCAUAAUUAUGGGACCACUCAGAGGCAUGGGUGUCGAGGACUGCCUUAUGCUGAUCAUAAUUACGGAGCCCCUCCUCCUCCGACACCUCCUGCUUCUCCCCCUGUCCAGACGAUCAUCCCUCGUUCUGACCUGAAUGGCCUGCCGUCGCCCGUAGAGGAACGCUGUGGAGACAGCCCGAACUCUGAAGGAGAGACUGUUCCUACCUGGUGUCCUUGUGGUCUUUCUCAGGAUGGCUUCCUUCUCAACUGUGACAAGUGCAGGGGAAUGAGCAGGGGGAAGGUUAUUAGACUUCAUCGGCGGAAGCAGGACAACAUAUCAGGUGGGGAUAGCAGUGCAACAGAAAGCUGGGAUGAGGAGCUUUCUCCUUCCACUGUGUUGUAUACAGCAACACAGCACACACCUACAAGCAUCACCUUAACUGUUAGAAGAACCAAACCCAAGAAGCGGAAAAAGAGUCCAGAAAAGGGUCGUGCAGCACCAAAGACGAAGAAAAUCAAGGCAUUUCGAGAGGGAUCCCGGAAGUCCUUGCGGAUGAAGAAUUCUCCUUCUGAAGCACAGAAUUUAGAUGAGAAUACAACUGAGGGAUGGGAAAAUCGGAUAAGACUAUGGACUGAUCAGUAUGAAGAAGCCUUCACUAAUCAAUAUAGUGCAGAUGUACAGAACGCCCUUGAACAACAUCUACAUUCUAGCAAGGAGUUUGUGGGCAAACCUGCUAUUUUAGACACUAUUAAUAAGACUGAAUUGGCCUGUAAUAAUACAGUUAUUGGUUCCCAAAUGCAGCUACAGUUGGGAAGAGUCACUCGUGUUCAGAAGCACCGGAAGAUCCUGAGGGCUGCAAGAGAUUUGGCUUUGGACACUCUUAUAAUAGAGUAUCGAGGCAAAGUCAUGUUACGGCAGCAGUUUGAGGUCAAUGGGCAUUUCUUCAAAAAACCAUACCCCUUUGUGCUCUUCUACUCAAAAUUCAAUGGUGUAGAGAUGUGUGUGGAUGCACGUACUUUCGGUAAUGAUGCUCGGUUCAUCAGAAGAUCGUGUACACCAAAUGCAGAGGUGCGACACAUGAUUGCAGAUGGUAUGAUUCACCUGUGUAUUUAUGCUGUGUCUGCCAUCACCAAGGACGCCGAGGUCACCAUAGCGUUUGAUUAUGAGUACAGUAACUGUAAUUAUAAAGUGGACUGUGCAUGUCACAAGGGGAACCGGAAUUGCCCUAUACAGAAAAGGAAUCCCAAUGCUGCAGACCCUCCGCUCCCACCUCCUCCAAGCCUGCCCACCGUCGGAGCAGAAACAAGACGGAGAAAAGCACGACGGAAAGAACUAGAGAUGGAGCAGCAGAAUGAGCCUCCUGAAGAGAACAACCAGCAACCAGAGCAAAUUCCUGAGAAAGUAACUGUAUCCAGCGACCAUGAGAGCUUAAGAGUACAGCUGAGUGGUGCCUCUGUCUUAAAGGAAAUAGACAAUCCAGAAGAAAAAGCAGAAGAGGAGAAAGAAGAGGUUACAGAUGACCAAGAGAACCCAGCUCAUGGCAGGAGGACCCGGGAAGAUAGGAAGGUUGAAGCCAUCAUGCAUGCUUUCGAAAACUUAGAGAAAAGAAAGAAGCGGCGGGAUCAGCCCUUGGAACAAAGCAGCUCUGACAUAGAGGUCACUACCACCACCUCAGAGACUCCUGUGGGAGAGGAGACAAAAACUGAAGUCCCUGAACCUGAAGUUAGCAACCCUGCUUCAAAUAUUGUCAUCCCAAGCACCCCACAGACUGUUGGAGUGAACACCCGGAGGUCUUCCCAAGCAGGGGAUGUUGCUGCAGAAAAGCCAGUCCCCAAACCACCUCCAGCAAAGCCCUCUAGGCCCCGACCGAAGAGUCGAAUUUCUCGGUACCGGACCAGUUCAGCCCAAAGACUAAAGCGUCAGAAACAGGCCAUUGCACAGCAGGCAGAGUUGUCACAAGCUGCCUUGGAAGAGGGAGGAAAUAACAGCUCAGUAACUCCUACUGAAGCUGGAAACACAGACAGUUCAGGAGAAAACAGACAAUUAACAGGGUCUGACCCAACUGUGGUAUCAGUUACUGGAUCCCACGUCAACCGUGCUGCAUCUAAAUACCCCAAAACCAAAAAGUAUCUAGUUACAGAAUGGUUGAAUGACAAAGCAGAGAAGCAAGAAUGCCCUGUUGAGUGCCCUUUACGUAUCACCACGGACCCAACUGUACUGGCAACGACCCUGAACAUGUUACCCGGUCUUAUCCAUUCCCCGUUAAUUUGCACCACCCCCAAACACUACAUUCGCUUUGGCUCGCCCUUUAUCCCUGAGAGGCGUCGAAGGCCGCUUCUGCCUGAUGGCACAUUCAGCUCCUGUAAAAAGCGCUGGAUAAAGCAAGCCUUGGAAGAAGGGAUGACCCAAACAUCAUCUGUACCCCAGGAGACUAGAACUCAGCACCUAUACCAAAGUAAUGAGAAUAGUAACUCGUCUAGUAUCUGCAAAGACAAUGCAGACUUGUUGAGCCCAUUAAAGAAAUGGAAGUCUCGCUAUCUGAUGGAGCAGAAUGUCACCAAGUUACUGCGGCCUCUUUCUCCAGUCACACCGCCCCCUCCCAGUGCAGGCUCAAAGAGCCCCCCGCUGACCACACCUGGCCCGUCUCACCCGGAAGAGGAGUGUCGAAAUGGAUACAGCCUCAUGUUCUCACCAAUCACGUCUAUUACUACUGCUAGUCGCUGCAAUACUCCUCUGCAGUUUGAGAACAUAUCCUCCCCUGAGAGUUCCCCUGCGAGUAGGCCCGAGUCCCUGUCACCCGAGCUUUGUCAUCGAAAAGAUCUGGACCUGACAAAAGUAGGCUACCUUGACUCCAACACUAACAGCUGUGCUGACAGACCUUCCCUCAUCAACUCAGGUCAUUCUGACCUGACUCCUCAUCCCUCCGUCGGGCCCGCCUCUGAGCCUGGCUUUACAAGCAGGAGUGGCGAUGGACAUCAGACCCUCGUGAGAAACUCGGACCAGGCAUUUCGGACAGAGUUUAACUUGAUGUAUGCCUACUCUCCGUUGAACGCUAUGCCUCGAGCAGAUGGAUUAUAUCGAGGGUCUCCCCUAGUAGGGGAUAGGAAGCCUUUACAUUUGGAUGGGGGAUACUGUUCCCCUGCAGAAGGGUUUCCCAGCAGAUAUGAACAUGGUUUUAUGAAAGACCUCUCUCGUGGCUCCAUGUCCCCUGGUGGCGAAAGGGCUUGUGAAGGAGUCCCAUCGGCCCCCCAGAACCCACCGCAGAGGAAAAAGGUGUCCCUGCUGGAGUACCGCAAACGGAAACAAGAAGCCAAGGAAAAUUCUGCUGGUGGAGGAGGUGACUCUGCACAGAGCAAAAGCAAGUCUGCAGGAGCUGGGCAAGGCAGCAGUAACUCACUUUCUGACACUGGUGGCCAUGGUGUGCAGGGAUCCUCGGCCCGAACCCCAUCUUCCCCUCACAAAAAAUUCUCCCCAUCUCAUUCCUCCAUGUCUCAUUUGGAGGCAGUAAGCCCAUCAGAUUCCAGGAGCACUUCAUCUCACUGCAGACCUCAAGAGAAUAUCAGCAGUAGGUGGAUGGUUCCCACAUCAGUGGAACGGCUCCGAGAAGGAGGGAGCAUCCCCAAGGUCCUCCGAAGCAGUGUGAGGGUGGCCCAGAAAGGAGAGCCUUCUCCCACGUGGGAGAGUAACAUCACAGAAAAAGACCCAGACCCUGCAGAUGGUGAAGGUCCAGAGACACUGAGCUCAGCACUCUCUAAAGGAGCAGCCGUUUACAGCCCUUCCAGAUACAGCUACCAGCUCCUGCAGUGUGAUAGUCCACGGACAGAAUCACAAAGCCUCCUCCAGCAGAGUUCCUCCCCCUUUAGAGGACAUCCCACCCAGUCUCCAGGAUACAGUUAUCGAACUACUGCACUGAGACCUGGGAACCCCCCCUCUCAUGGUUCUUCAGAAUCCUCCCUCUCUUCUGCGUCCUAUUCCAGCCCCGCCCACCCUGUGUCCACAGACUCGUUGGCCUCGUUUACGGGGACACCAGGGUAUUAUAGCAGCCAGCCACAUUCUGGAAACAGCACUGGCAGCAGUCUUCCAAGGAGGAGCUGCCCAUCUAGUGCUGCUAGCCCUACCCCGCAGGGCCCCUCAGACUCUCCAACCUCAGACUCGGUUUCCCAGUCCAGCACAGGAACUCUGAGUUCCACCUCCUUUCCUCAGAACUCUAGGUCGUCAUUGCCAUCAGACUUCCGGACUAUCAGUCUGCCCAGUACUGGGCAGUCAGCAGCCUACCAGGCCUCCAGGGUAUCUGCGGUUUCCAGUUCACAGCACUACCCACAGCGUGGGGGUGCGGGUAUGCACCAGUACCGGCUCCAGCCGCUGCAGGGCUCGGGAGUCAAGACUCAGACAGGACUUUCCUAGGGCUUCUGGACUUGGGCAGACAGAACUGAGUGAGCCCAUAGCUGCUUCUUCCAGCUGCCUCUGGAACCUAGGCCGAGCAUAUUGCUGGGGAAGGGGGUACAAGGUGCCAGAGGAUUGGGUCUGGUCGACAAGAAACAAGACUUGUGGUCGUGACUGGCUCUGGCCCUGGAGAAAGAUGUAAAUCUUGUCUGAAGCAGAGACUAUAAAGAAGUUUCUCCCUGCUGUUAAGGGUACAUUGUUGACAAGCAAAUGGUGUUUUGGUUAGUAAUGGUUCUAAGUGCAAUGAGUUGUGUUGAAGCCUCCGUCUCCCAUCCUUGCCUGUAGCCUGUAGUCACUUGUGCAGUGAGGACAUCUUUUUAAAUCCAAAAAAAAAAAAAAAGUUUUCAAAGGAAAAAAGGUGAAAAGAGCCAAUUUCAAA